AUGUCGUUAACAUGCACCACCCCUGUUCUUUCUACCCAGAUAUCCUCUCCUUCGACCACUUUCGUGCCACUUCCUCCCAAAGACGUCGUUCUUAGCCUCAGAACAGGCAAGAUACGAAAUCUCGGAACCGCCAAGAUCCGCUCUGCCAUCAACAAGCACCCACGAGACGGAAAAAUCCUACUCACCACCUUAGGAUUCGACGGGGAUGAGCAAGCUCAUGAUACGCACGGAGGUCCAGAUAAAGCGGUUAUGCAGUACUGCUCCCGUCAUUACGAAACGUGGAAUGAGGAAGCCCCUGGCCGAGCGCAUCUAUUUCAAAUCGGAGGAUUCGGAGAAAACAUUUCGUCGGCGCACAUGAGCGAAGACAAUGUCUGCAUCGGCGACACUUUUCGCCUUGGAAACGAGGUCAUUCUCCAGGUCUCGCUACCUCGACAGCCGUGUUUCAAGCUCAACCACCGCUUUCAGUACAAAAAAGCCUCUAGUUCGUCCCAAAACAGUGGAAGAACGGGAUGGUAUUACCGCGUCAUUAAGCCUGGGCAUGUCGAAGUGGGCGACGAGUUGGAACUGGAAAAGCGUAUCAACCCAACAUGGUCGGUCUCUCGAGUCCAGCAGAUAUUAUACCAUGACACAAAGAACAGAGAAGCGCUGCUCGAGCUUUGUCAGCUUCCAGGGCUUGCAGACGAGCUUGUCCGUCUUUUUACCUCUCGACUCACAAAAGGCGUUGAAGACAUGAGUGGUCGCCUAGGCGCUGUUCCCAUGGAAUGGAGACCAUUCAAGCUUAUCGAAAAGACAAUCCUGACGCCGAGGAUCUGCAAAUUCGUAUUUGCUGAAGUGGACAAGGACCCCAACCAAGACGAUUCUCUGCCACUGUUUCCCCAUGUGCGACUCAAGUUUGGACUUGACUUUUGCUACACCCGAGCGUACUCGGUCGUGUCGGGCGACUUUGGCAAAUUUGAGCUCGGAAUAGCACGCGCAGACAAUUCUCGGGGAGGGUCUCUUUUCUUGCACCAAGAAGCCAAGGUUGGUGAUGUUUUUGAGGUGGCAAGUGGUAAAUCAUCAUCAAAACUCGACUCCGCACAAGUCCUUCGUGCAACAAAGCAUAUCUUUAUCAUUGGAGGUAUCGGCAUCACCGCUUUUGUCUUGACGAUCAAGUCGCUUUUGGAUGCAUCGGCGCCGGUGGAAAUACACUAUGCAGUACGCAGCCGUCGCGACGCCGCCUAUCUGAAUCGGCUCCCCAUCCCCUGUACAACGGUGUAUGCCAAAGACGAGGGCCGACGACUUAAUCUCGAUACCAUUAUUCCUACACGGAACGGGAGCGACUCACCCGUCAGGAUUUAUUCAUGCGGACCAAGCUCAUUGCUUAGAGAUCUGAAGAAUCGCACAACGGCGAUGGGCUACCCAAGCUCAAUCUUACACUUGGAAUCAUUCGACGGGCCUGAAGAAGGUCCCAUGGAACCAUUCGAAGCUCAACUUCAGUCAACUAAGCAAAUCUUGCCCGUGCCAGCCAAAAAGUCAUUACUGGACGUCCUGAAAGAGGCAGGCUUCGACGUCGAAUCAUCAUGCAAUGUUGGAAAUUGCGGAACAUGUAUGGUAGACCUGGUCAAAGGAGAGGUUGACCAUCGAGGAGUUGCGCUUGAUGACGAGCAGAAGAAGAGCUUCAUGCUGAGCUGUGUGAGUCGUGGAAGAGGCAGAAUCGUUAUCGACUGUUGA